CCGAUAAAGCUAGCUAAAUGCAUGGUAGCUAGCUGGCUACAUAGGCUCGUCCACGGAGGGUGAAGCGGUACCCGUUGUGUCCAGAGAGCUGGGUAUCUGGGGAAUAUACAUUUAAAGGUGUGUGCUUUUGUUGUUCAGCCGUACUGCGAGCAUUUAGAGACUAUUCGCAUCUCACUCCCCCCCAAUUUGGAGGAGGGACGCUGUAGCUCAACGUGGCUAGCAUUUACAUUAGUCUGGCUAACGGUGGCUAACUGGUUUCAGCCAACCUGUUUCACUAAUCCUCCACUGUUAUGGGUAUCAAAAUCACAACGCUUGGUUAUCAUGCAACUGUAGUACAUAGUCGAAAAUAUUAAACAUUUGGGAACCAACUCUUUUAGCAGCCUGGGUUAGCUGGUGCUUAGUUAGCAUUUGCUAUUUACUACUUAGCCUAUAGUCAAUUAACCGAGGAGAAGCUGCUGCUUCAGCUGCAUGGAAGCAGCAAAUUACAAUACAACAUCGAGAUAUGCCUCAAUUAGCAGCCAAUUUAAGCGAGUAAUUUAAAUGCUAUUUGUCAGUAUUUCCUUAUCAUGGUGUUGCCGACGGAUAAUGUUAUAUUGUUGAGCUAUUGUCUGUGUAACACCUCUUAAGCUAACAGUUUUUAUGUUAGCAGAAGCAUCAAGCUGCUGUUGACUCACUGAGUGUAAAUCUGUUUGUAAACAGCAGUUUCUUUUUCCAGGUGCUGUCAUGAAAAGCUGAAACGGUAGGCCAAGGUUGUGUGGAUACAUCGAUAGACAGCGUGUUAAAAAAUACAUAUAUAUACAUAUAUAUAUAUGAGAUGCAGGAUCAGCUUUAGGGGUUAGUGAGUUUGUCUCCAAAUCUCCAGACCAAAGGGCGCACCAAUGAAUGAAGAACCGGUUGAGAGCCCUGUCCUUGACAGAGAGCAAGUAGAGAAACAUGCAGGACAAAGCCCAGAGAGGAAUAGCGAAGAAGAAAACACUUCUGAGGAAGCACCGGCUCAAGAAUCAUGGGCUUCCUCUGACGUUUCUGAUGUAAAGGAGAAGCCCAUCUCAGAAACAGCAGAGGAAACCCCAGUACAGAUAAAGGAGGAGACUAACACGGCUGGUGGCGAGCCUCCUGUUGACUGGUUUGAGCCGCUUGAGGAUGACGAUGAAGCCAACAGUGAUAGCAGGAAUGAUCUGGAGGAAGAUAGCCUGGCUGGAGACAAUGAGAGAAGUGAGGCCUAUAGAAGGAAUUAUAGGUGAGUCUCAAGAUGUUGGUUUCAGACUGUCACAUAAUGUAAUCUGAAAGAGACGUGAUCUGGAAUAGAUUCUGCUUUUUAUGGCCAAAAACCAAAGUCUGUGGUGUUAUCUGAAUUUCUGCAUCAUGGUUCUGACAGCGGGAUGAUGUGUGCAGAGAUGCUGGACUGAAGAAGUCAGAACCUGAUUUAUGUUGCAUACAUGUCUUAUAUCAUAAUGGUAAUUUAUUAGUCUGAAAGAUUUAAUGGUGAUAAGCAAAGGUACUCCCUCGGGAAUCCAAGUGCUUUUGAGUGGCAUACAAUUUGUCCCUUAUACUCCUUAAAAAAAAUGAGCUUACCCACCUUUCAGCAGCUUUAUCUUAGUCAUGUUAAUGUGUUUUUCACCGUUGUUAAUUUUUUACACUUCAGGCUUUACACUACCCGUCGUAAACGAUCGCUUCCUGAUGAAGGAUGGGUUGAAUGGCCAAUACUUGGAGAGGGCUGGAAACGUAAAGAAGUAGUUAGGCGCUCGGGUAGUAGCAUUGGACAGAAGGAUGUUUAUUACUUAAGGUGAGUUAAGUCUAGUAAAACAUAUUGAAAGUGUACAGCUAUUCAGUUUCUUUCUCUCUUAUGAUACUUAUGGUCAGCUAGUGAUAACUUUGGUUGGAAUCUGAGAUUUUUUGCAGUUAUUGCUCUGUUAGCACGCUAAAAAUGUGAGCUAGUCGGAAACAACAGAUUUUUCAAACAUUGUCCAACAAUUACUCAGGCUGUUUCUGUUGCUGUUUUUUGUGACGUUGGACUAAAUUGAUAAGUUGGCAGAUAGAUCAGUAACACAAAUAAGUUAUAUUAGCAAGGUAUAACCCUUAUAAGUUUGUAGGACUGGCUCACUAGAUAUAGUUAUUUUUAAAGUCUUAUUGGAACCAUGUGAUCUGGAAAAAAAAUCAUGUUGGUGGUAAUUCAUAAUUUUUUGUAUUUUCAUUACAGUCCAAAGGGGGAUCGAGUGAGAAGCCGAGUAGAACUACUUUCCGUGUUGGAGGGUCAAUGUGACCUGUCUUCCUUUGAAUACAAGUCAGGAAAGUUCCUUGAAGGUGAAGUACCACCCAUUAGGAUUCGACAUAGAGCAAAGGUACGAACCUCUUAAAUCACUUUGAGUUGCAAAAUAGGAUAUGUGUAUGCAUACCUAAAAGUGUGUUUUUCUUACACAUCAGAGAAGGGUGCGGGAGCGCUCCUCCUCAGAGUCCAGCUGGAUGGAAAGAGGAGAGGGGGCUGACACCCCAGAUUCCGUCCACAGACUGACCCCCAGUUUGAUGCCCAAAAAUCCCCAUCCAGCAUACAACCAGACACAUUUUCAGCCGCAGAGUACCACAUUAUUUAGACUCCAGGUCCCUAAAAGAGAGUAUCUAUCAGUUGAAGAAAAGAUUAAACUUCCACCUCCUUCCUCCAAAACAACUUUGCUCCCCUCUGUAAACGGAAAAUUCGGAUCAGAGGACAGCAUACUGUGAGUCUGGGUCUUCAGUUAUCAUUUCAGAUACCCAUAAUGUUGUAGUUCUAUUUGAUUAAAACAAGUUGUUAAUAUGAGCUGUUAUUAAAUGGCCUGAAUGCUUAUCAUUGUCUGCUGCAGGGUCUGUUCCAGAUGUGGUAUUUCCUUCUCAGGCACAUGGUAUGACAAGCAGAGGAAGAGGCCCUGCUGUCCCUCCUGCUGGGGUAUGUCAGUUUAUGAGUGUUCUGUGUCAUAAUUCUAAGGAAAACCAAAGUUAAUAUAAAAAAACAACAACAUGUUAAUAGGUAAAGUAAGGUAAAAUGGAUGAAUUACUUGAAGUUUUACACAUCCCACAAUGUCUUUCUAUUUAUUGUAGCUGCGUCAAAGACUAGAGAGCAUCCCAUGAUUCGUUUUAGAAAGGUAAGGCAGUGUCUGAUUAUCAGUAUAAACCAUCAUCUACAAUUUGGCCUCUUGUAUUAUCUUGUUCUUUCUCCUGGGAACCUUUUGAUUUGUCAUUACCCCCUUAUUUAAACAGUCAUGAAAUUUAAUCAAAUAUGUAGGGUGUUUUCAUUUUGGCAAAAAAAAAGUUGGCUUUUUUGUUUUUUUUUUAACCCCCUUUGUUACCUGCAGUGGAUUCCUUGUGGACAGUGUGCUGGAUGCCGCAACACAACCAACUGUGGGCAGUGUGCCAAUUGUAAGCACGAGCUGCAGAGCCCAGAGUCCCGGAAACGCUUAUGUCGAAAACGCAAAUGCAUAUGUCCUAUCCGCAAGGUAAGCUGUCAGAUACACUGCAGCAUUUGUUCAUGUUGAUGUUUUUGGUGUUGUCUUCUAACAUUCACCCCCUCACUCAAUGCCUGUUCCAUUAGGGCCCUGGAAGUGGAGGUGGGAGCUUCCUACCACAGAAUUUCUUUAAUGAUCUUCCUGAAACGAAUGAUGACAGCAAGAGUUUUCAGGUAAACUCUCCUAUUCUGGUGUGAUACCACAAGUGUCCUGUUUAUCCUGUUUUUAUUUAAAGGAUAUGUCAGACUGAACAUGACAAUGUUUGGCUGAGUGCUAGCCAACAGUGUUUCACUACUUAAAGCUCCUAUGAGUCAAUAUGUAUGAAACACACUAAAUUUCACUCUAUAAGCAGACAAGACAAUUAAGAUGUAAUUUUUAAGGCCUGACACUGGUGCAAGGUGGGAGGUGUGAGCCAAGCAGCUCAAGAAACACCCCAAUUUUUACAUUUUCCACAUGUUUGACUUUCAAAAAUCAACAGAAUGAGACUUUUGGUUAGACGACAUCUCUUAAACACAAAGGGGACAAAUUAGACUUUUGUCCACAGCAGGUGCUAGACGGUCCUCACAGGACUUUUUGAGGACUUUUAAAAUAAAUGCAUCAUGACAAUCUUGUCAGUUUUAACAAGGAAAUGUUUUAUUUUACAGAGUGAAUUUACAGACUCGCAGGUAACUUUGAGAAUUAUUAAUGUAUUUAUGGCCUCAUAUUACACCGUUAUUGCCAAACCAUUUUCUAAGACUCAUUUUCAAAUCUUGAUUACAGCCGUUUAGUUUCAAGAGCAGCGACACAGAGAACUUCUCCGUUAAUGUGGACGUUGAUGAUGAUGAUGACAUGUCCACUGACGAUGAUGAUGAUGUGAGCCUGAACUUUCUUUUUUAUUCAUUUUUUUACCCAUUUCCUGUAGACAGGCAGACACCAGCCCCUCAUGUGAUUCAGACUCACCCAAAAUCUUUUAGGAAGGGGUUUGUUCAAUAAGCCAUGUUUCAUCUUAGUGUGCCUUACAAUUGGACAAUCUCUAAAGUCAGAGAAAACAGCCUAUCAUGUCAGGAUACUGCAUUUAUCAGUUACCUCAAUGAAGUGGACACAAUCGAAGGUACAAACGUGGCUAAUUUUUACAACUCGGCAAAGUGUAAACCUCUGUUUCACCUGACUCUGGUCACUGGUGUAAUUUCUUGACUUUAUCAAGGUUUGACUCUUUACUUAAGAGGCUUUUGAGCUGAACAAAGUUGAAAUCUUUUCAGCAAAACUCUGUCAUCAGGUAGACCUGUGCUAAAUUGUGCAAUACGCCUUUUCAGUGGCACAAGAAGCGUAAGCGUCGAUCCUGUGGAGAAUGUAAAGCCUGCCUCUGCAGGAAAGACUGCGGCACAUGUGAUUUCUGCAUAGACAAACCCAAAUUUGGAGGCAGCAACAAGAAAAGGCAGAAAUGUCGACUGCGGCAGUGUCAAAGACAGGCAAUGGUGAGAAACGACACCCAAUUUGUCGGAAGUUGUGUCCUGUGUAAAAGGUACAAUAGUGUUAUUUUUUCUUCUUCUAUGUUUUCGUGCAGAGACACUUGCUGCCUUUCCAGAUGGGGCAGAGUGAAUUUGGAAGUGAUAGUGCAGCACUGCCAGGCAGGCCUAGACCUCACUACACAUAUAGUCGGAAGUCGAGUGGUAAGAAAAGCCGAGGACAUUUUGGCUACGACCUAUCGGAUGAAGAUGAUGACAGUAACUUCCCAUCAGUGAGUUUCCAGUGCCUUUGGUGGCCUUUUUAGUUUACUUAUGGUUGUUUUUGAAAAAUAGUUAAAUUUUCUGCACAUGAAACUUCAACUCCUGGAUAUUUAUUUGCCUAUUCUUUGAUUUUGUUACACUGUUGGAGAUGAACUGGAGUUCUGAGCCUGCAAGUGGGAGCAAAAACGCCUACGAAAUAAAUCUAAGAAACAACCAUUCAACUAUGCAGGUUCGAAAUUGAUAGUCAUUAACAUGUUUUGCCACUUGUGCUUGUCUCAGUCUUUCAAUGAAGUUUUUCUUUUUAUCAGCAGCAGACUAACUACUCAGAUGUUGGACAUCGUAAUGGACUGUCUGACAGAGUGGCUCACAUCAGCAACCACAACAGCUCUCAACUUGUGAGUGAGAUUUUCCUUUUUUGUCUGAUAAAACUGCUUUUUUUUUUCUCCCAUCAAGACAAAAAUUUGUUGUCACACUGCGAUCGUUCAUAGUAAAUCUGCACUGUGUCGUGCAGUCUUCUGCGUGCCACAGCUCUAUUUGGGACACAAAAGCUCUUGCUGCCCAACUGUUAAUAGCACACAAACCCAGACUGAUCUGUACCCUUUGAUCCACAUGCACCAAACCUGUCCCUGUGCUUUCCUGUAGCCUGUGGCUCAGUGUGAUGAAUCCAACACGAGUCCACUCUGUUUAACACUUCAGUUUAUGAUUCAGCAAUCAGUUCCUCAAAGGGAUUCAAUGGGGGAUGAAUUUUAGAGCAUUUUUGCACACUUUGCACACUGGGAUAUAUGAAGACAGAGAAUGUGACAAAGGCAAAGUGACAACGUUGCACCGAUCUGGUAUUUUGCCUUAACUGUUUGGCACCAGAACCCCCUCCGAAAGUGACUCAGAUCUUCUUUAAAAGGAUGUGUAUCACUGCCAAGCUUUUUGCUCGUUCUUCUUUUUCAACCCUCUCUUCUUGGCUGCCCUUCAGUUUGUUCACAUGAUCACUUGUUUUACCAGUCGAUCAGAUAAAAGUAUUGUAUGUCUCACAUUAUCCUAAUAAAUUCUCCAGAGGUAGCUCAAGACAAGGAGAAAACAGAUUCCAGCAGUAUUGUCCAAAAUGUAGUCCGUCAGUUGAUCCAGUUCAGAAUUUGCCUGUUAAAGUCAAACACUUUGAUUCAAGAUGUUUUAAGAUGUUUUAAUUUGUUUGAUAUUUGACAUCUACUACUAAUCAUGGGUUGACUGCUCCCAGUCAGUCGGUCCAUUUAAUAGUUCUUGAUCCAUCAAUCUAGGUCCAUAGAUGGAAUACAAGGGAACGCCCGACAGGCAGAGAUGUUUCUAAACAUGUGGAGGAAGAAGAAGACGACGACGACGAUGAUGAUGACGAUGAUGAUGAUGACGAAGAGGAGUUUCCCAUGGUAAGUGUCAUGCUAAGGCUUUUCAAAUUAAUGACCCUAGAUAUUACGAAUACUUUUGUGUAUUAAUUUUACCCUUUUGCUUUCUGCAGAUUACACAGAUCUUUAGUUUGGCGGAGAACACAGUGGGGAGUGGUACAGACACUGAUCACCGGCUCAUGAAACUGUUAAACGCUUUGCGCACCUCUGUAUUGCCCAUCCUUUGGUAUGCCAUAAUGGUGGAGGGCCCACAACUUCAGCUCAUUCAGUGUUCGAAACAGUCGAGUAUGGCGGACACUAUCGUGCUAAUAGACCCAGACUUCGUCUACCAGGUGACAGUCCAGAAGCAGCCCCUGCUCCCUACCCACCCGCUCUACCACACCUACCCAGCACACUUAUCUUCUGUAACUGAGGUGGUCAACCUACUUUUGGGCCUGGAGCAGUAUGCUGUGUGCCGUGGACUGCCCCCCAAAGACUCAUUGUCAAACACGGACCCACUCAUCCUGGACAGGGCAUCAACCUGUGACUUCCUGGUUAAAAAGAAUACGGGCGCUUGUGAUAACUGCAGAGCGCUCCAAGGACUUUAACAGAAGCAGAGACUGAUUAAAGCCUUCAACGUCAGUGUAGACCACUGAAUCUUUGGUGCAACUUUGUGCCAUUUUUUUUGUUUUGGUGGUAAUAGUACAUAUGACAUUUGACAGAUUUACCUCUGGACUGUAAUAGUAGGAUUUGAUUAUUUGAAGAAUCACCAAAGGCAUUCCAGGUGCUGUGACAUUAUGUUUCUUUUUGGACAUCCUGCAAUGUUGGUGUGGGGCUUUCCUUUCCAUAAUGAUAAUCAUGUUAGUUUAUGGACACGGUGAUGGGUAGAUCUGACGCCCAUCAGCCCACCAUAUGCUGAUCAUGGUUUUGGCAUAUACGCUCUUACUUGAGGAAUCUACAGCCCUCACCCCUCAGGGUUAAACACUUUUGAGUGAUCACUGAAAUGCAGAUUUUUUUUUCUCUGCCCAAAAUAAAAUCUACAUUAUAGAUAAUAAUGUUCUCUUUUCAGCAGCAACUUUUGACAUCAUGCCCACACUGCUGUCAUUCUAGUGUGAACUAUAUUAAAAUGAGUUUGCCAACCUAUGUGUGGGAAUGAAAACGGAGUUUUCACUUUGUGGACCCUUUUCAUGUUCUAGUAUAUUAUAUUUUCUGGUAAGAACAUCAUGAGCAGUUGCUUUGUCAGUUUACUCAAUUUUUUAAAUCAGCCCAAUCAAAGAUAAAUAUUUUCCUCUACAACAGCGGUACUAAUCACAUAGUUAAAUCUUUCAUUGUGUAUUGCCAUUAUGUGAAAUAAAUUACAUUAUCGUAAUCUAAAAGGUACCGCAUUAAAGUAUGUGAAUGAUUUAAUAACAGGACAGUUGGUUUAAAACAAAAACACACAAUAGGGACACCCAAAUUUACAAUGGAAAGGACAUCAGAAAGCUAAAGAUCCUGUGGGGCCAAAUGUCAGUCAUGAUGGUCCACAUGGUCUCCUGACUCCAUCACCAGACUACCAUAAAUAGACAGCUGUUGCUUUAUCAGUUUAAGAUCCGUGUCAGAAAGGGAAGAAGACACAACUUUUUUACAAAGAGCCCCAAUAUGUCAGAGGUAGUGAUUGUCAGGAGAUGAGUGAUGCUGAAACUGAUUUAACGACAAUCCUAUAGUCACGCGAGGUUAAAAAGAGCAAUAUUGUUUGAGUCCUGUGGUCCAAAUAUCAGUUCUCACACAUUGUCUAGGACCAACGUCCCAAAAUACCACACCACAUGUCAACUAACAGAACUUAUGAAUCAUCCACAUUAAUCCAAGAGAUCUGACACUUCACUGAAACUUAAUUUUUCAUCAUUGAUCUGCCACAUAUGUAAGCUGGAUGGAUCCAUAACCAGAUAUAAGCUAAAAUAAAAAAAAAUAUGGAGAUGUUAGUAUUGCCCGUCUUUUUUAGUGUGAUAAUAGAGAGUAUUUUCAAAAAUGGCAUCCUCAAAUAAAAUGUAAUGUAGCCACAAUUGAUCUGCAAAUAAUGACACUGUAGUUAUCACACUGGUGUUAUGUGAGAAGAUGAAACUGCAUCAUUUUAUUUCUGUUUUUGAAAUAUAUGAUUGCUGUUUUGUAAUUUUCUUUGUACUGUAUUUUUUUUAAUCUUGUAAACCUUUUAAUGAAUUUUGUUUAAAGUGUGAAAAAACUAAUUUCCUCCAGUCCUUAUCUCUUUUAAUAUGUUUCUAGGGUAUCAUGUCCCUUACAAUAUGAAAGUUUAAACACUCAAACAGUUUUAUCAGAUCUAUUUUUGUUAUCUUUAUUUCUUCAUGUAAAUGUGCUGAUAAAUCAGUUUUUGGGAUCAGAUCAUUAUUCUUAAUAUAAUUAGUAAGUGGAACCUUAUAAUAAAACACAUUUAAAAGGUUGGAAAA